ACCACGCACUUUCUCUUACAUUUCUUCAAUGGCCGCCACCGCCGAUCACUCGGACGUCGAACUCGAGUUCCGCUUUUUCCGCGUCCACAAAGACGGCACCAUCCACCGAACUCAUCCCACCAUCGAUAAAGUCCCACCGUCCGACGAUCCAACCACCGACGUCCGGUCCAAAGACGUCACCAUCUCAACUGACCCGCCCAUCUCCGCCCGCAUUUUCCUGCCCAAAUCCGUCCACCAGACCAAGAAGCUCCCCGUCCUCCUCUACCUCCACGGCGGCGGCUUCUGCUUCGAAUCGCCCUGCUCCGCCACCUACCACAACUACGUCUCCACCCUCGCCGCUUCCGCCAACGUCAUCGCCGUCUCAGUCGAGUACGGCCUCUUCCCCACCAGGCCCAUUCCCGCUUGCUACGACGACUCCUGGGCCGCCCUCCAAUGGGUCGCAACCGGGGGGUCGGAGCCCUGGCUAAAUGACUACGCCGACUUGACCCGCGUCUUUGUCGGCGGGGAUAGCGCUGGAGGGAACAUAGCGCACACUUUGCUAUUCCGGGUCGGGUCGAUCGGGUUACCAGGAGCGAAAGUGGUCGGGGCUGUUCUGGUGCAUCCCUACUUUGGUGGGACUGAUGAUGAUAAGAUGUGGCUGUACAUGAACAAGGAGAAUGAAGGGUUGCAGGACAGGAGGCUGGUGCCGGCCACAGAGGAUCUACGGCGGCUGGGGUGUGAGAGGGUGUUGGUGUUUGUGGCGGAGAUGGACCAUUUGAAAGGUGGCGGGAAGAGGUAUAUGGAGGAGCUGAAGAAGAGUGGGUGGACUGGGAGUGUGGAGGUGGAGGAGACUGUAGGGAAAGACCAUUGCUUUCACUUGGCUGAACCAAAUGAUGAGCUGACUACGGAUUUGAUCAAGAAAAAUGGCUUCGUUUAUUAAUCGACACUAGCUAUAGUCCAUACAUAUUUUGCAUGUGUUUUUUAAUUCUUCGAUGGACAGACAUGAGAUUUUUGAUUUCCUGUUCGCCCAAACCUAAAAUCCUUUUCAAAAGAGUAUGUGUUCGGUCUAGUGACAUAACUUCUCAUUCGUAUGUAAAAAGUUGUGAUUCGACUUAUAAUAAUUAAACUAGCUGUAACUUUUGAGCAGGCCCGGACCUGAGAUUCAGGCCUGAGUCAAAUUUU